AUGCCACGACAAUCUUUUUUAUUAAAUGUUAAUGAAUCUCGAGUAUGUCGUCUGAAUGGAAUAUUAGAAUCAGCUUCUAUGCCGAACAAGCCAGAAUUAUGUCAAUCAUUUUCGGAUCAUAUUCUCUAUAGUAGUGAUCAAUUACCACCGAAAGUUGAUUUUCGAGCGGCCAUGACACCUGUCGAAGAUCAAUCGAAAAUUGGCAGUUGUGUGGCAAAUACUCUUGCUGGAGCCUAUGAACAUUUAGUAAAGAAAGCAAAUGGUUAUGAAAUCGAUGUAAGUCGUCUCUUUAUAUAUUAUAAUGCUCGUGCAUACAAUAACCAAUCAGGUUAUCUUACUGAUUCGGGUUGCUCAAUGACAGAAGCAAUUGAAACAUUAGAACAAUAUGGAGUUUGUCUGGAAUCGAUAUGGCCUUAUGAAACUUCAAUGGUCAAUGAACGUCCUAAUCAACAAGCCUAUCGAGCAGCUAAUGAAUUCAAAAUUACAGAAGCUUUAAAAGUUGAGAUAGAUUUACAUCAAAUGAAAUCUUGCUUAGCACAAGGCUUUCCAUUUGCUUUUGGUUUAAAAUUAUUUACAUCAUUUGACAAAGCAGCCAAAUCAGGUGUUGUACCAAUGCCAAGCGAGGAUGAACAAGGCCGAGAAUCACAUGGCUAUCAUGCUCUUCUCGCUGUCGGUUACAGUGAUCAAUCAAGUUCAUUUAUUGUUCGAAAUUCUUGGGGAAAAUAUUGGGGAGAUUAUGGCUACUGUUAUAUCCCAUAUGCCUAUAUGACAAAUCCAGAUCUUUGUUUUGACGCAUGGACUGUUCGUCAAUUAGCAAGUGAUGAUUUUGGUCAAGACUAUUGGGAUAACGAUGAUUCAGUUGAUUAUCAUCCUGUCGAUGAAGAUACUUAUGAUAACGACGAUAAUAAUCGGGUCAUUGAACAAGGUGAUAACGUAGAUGAGAUUCUUGACAAGGCAAAAACAUUUGCUGAGCAACUUCUGGGAUCAUUUAUUUCACUAGCAUUGUGA